AUGGUUACAGAAUCAAGUAUAAAUCAGAAACUAAAUGUCAUGGAUAUUGACCAUGAACCAUCUUGGAUGGACCAUGUCGUCAACUUUCUAACUAACGAGGAAUGGCUGGAAGACAAUCGAGCAUCUAGAAGUAUUCGGUCAAGAGCACCAAGGUAUUGCAUGAUUAGGGGAGUUCUAUUUCACAAGAGCCUCACUCUUCCAUAUUUCAAAUGUCUUAGAACUUCAAAAUCAACCUAUGCCCUAACUGAGGCCCAUGAGGAGAUAUGUGGGAACCACCAAAGAGCGCGAGCUCUUACCUUCAAAUUGAUUAGGUACAGAUAA